AUGUACCCCCCGGGGCUGCCCAGCCCGGGGCUGCUCUGCUGCCUGUUGGUGUCCGCAGUCCGGCUCGUGUGGGGAGCGUCAUUUUGGGGAGAGAGCUAUGUGGAACUUAAAACAGUGGAAGCCUCCAGCAAGACAUCGUUCAGAUUACGAUUCCUUACCAUAAAAUCAAAUGGACUGCUUUUCCUUGCAGCUGGGCAAACAGAUUUCUGGUUGGUGGAGCUCCAGUCAGGGCAUGUGCAGGUGAAACUGGAGUUUGGUUCUGGAGAGAGGAGUCUUCGCUCUGACAGAGGUUUAAGGCUAGAUGAUCUGGCCUGGCACACACUUGAAAUACACCACGAAAGGGAAAAUGUCACCUUGAGAAUGGAUGGGCAGUUCACGAGCAGUGUGAAUAUGCCGGGACCUUCUCGUGAACUUAACCUUCAACACGGUCUUUUUGUCGGUGGAAUUGGCGGAUUUGACAAACCGUAUCUUGAUGGGGCAGCGAGUAACUUUCGCGGUUGCAUCGAUGAAGUGGUUUUCAACCAGCACGACAUCUUGUCAUCUUUAAGAUCUUACUCUGGUUUCAAAAACGUACACGAAGUUUCAGCAGGGUGCAGCAACCAGUUCUUUGCUGAGGAUGAUAGCCCGAUCAGCUUGUUUAGUUCCAAAGCAUACCUCGCGUUCCCUUCCUGGAACGCACAAGCAGAGGGGUUGUUUGAAUGUGCUGUUCGCACUACGGCAUCACUCGGUCUGUUACUGUACAGCUCCGGGCGGCAAGGAGAUUUUGUUGCUAUGGAGAUUGGGGAGGGGUUGAUUCGAGUUGUUGUUGGAAAAACUGGAAGAAAAACCCGCCUCUCCUCCCUUAGUGAAGUCAAUGACAAUAACUGGCAUUCUGUUAAGCUGCGAUUUACAUCCAGGCAUCUUUACCUUACUGUGGAUGAAGAGAUGGUGAAGGUUACCCUGAGUCCCCGCAACAAGAUCCUUAAGCUGAAGGGCCCUCUGUUUGUUGGUGGUAUAGAUGACAGCACUCGUGCAGAGGUGGUGGAAAUUGGUCUUAUGUCCCUCGCAGGACGAAAAGUAAGAGGAGGUUCCUUCAGAGGCUGUAUACAAGAUGUGAGUGCUAAUUCAGAGACUAAAAGCUUAAAGAACGUGCUAGUUACAAAAGACAUUUCUGCUGGGUGUGCAUCAGCAAAGGAGAGCCCGACCACUUUGAUAGCAACGACACCCGAGAAGACGGUUAUUCCAACGACCGCAAUCCCCACUACGUUUACCACUUUGACAACGGUCAAACCUACUGAAAAGACGCAAACCAGUAAUUUCCUCACUCUCCAAAAUCUAGUAGUUGCAGAAGGAGGGCGUGCAGCCCUCGAAUCUAAACACAUAAAAUUGAAACUCGACUUUAAGAAAUUGGGAGUUCGCCAGUCACAAAUAAUCUUCAAGAUAACCAAGCAGCCAACCCAUGGGAAACUCAAAUUGGAUGUUAGUUCAGAGCGUGAACAGAAUUCCUUCACCAUGUUGGACCUGUGGCAUGGAAGAGCUUUGUAUGUACAUGAUGGAUCUGAGGGUUCCCAUGAUCAGUUUUCAUUUGCUAUUUUUACCAGCAGUAAGAAAGCGGCCCCAGCAUACCUGAGAGGAGAAGAGCAAUACCAAUUUAAUAUUACUGUUACUCCAACCAACGAUCCUCCUCAGCUGGUGCUUCCCAAAGGAAACUUGUUUGUUUUACUGGAGAACUCCAAGAAACUUCUUACAGCUGAUGUGAUUAAAGCUGUUGAUGUUGACACAGAUUCUGCAGCGCUUCAGUUCUCAGUUUUGGGCAACCUUAAUGCGGACGCUGGAUAUUUGGAAAAUGCCAAGAAUCCUGGUAAACGUAUAACUGUGUUCUCCAACGCUGAGUUGGAAAUGGGGAAUGUGUUUUAUGUCCACAAUGGCAUUCGGACUUCAAGAAUUGUUCUGCGUGUCAAUGACAGUGAUAGUGUGAGUAACACUGUGGUGUUGCGGAUAAUGGCUGUACCAGUGGAUUAUAAAGUGGUCAAUAUGACGGGUCUUUCAGUACAACAGGGUGAUGUUGUCCUGAUCACUAAUUACAAUCUCUCAGUGCAGACAAAUGCAGUCGGGCAGGAAGUAGACAUUCGCUAUGAUAUCACUGAGGCCCCAAAAUACGGCCAUAUUCAAAGGCUGCACUCUAGCGGUGAUUGGAAACAAACUAGUUCUUUUUCACAACGGUCAAUCGAGCGAAACCGGGUUCGAUACAUCAGCACGUUCCGUGAACCCCAGUCUCACAAGGCAAACGACAAGUUCAGAUUUAAAGUUAGUGUAGGGAACGAGGUAAGCAAAGAGCUCGUCUUCCCCAUUGUGGUGAAAUGGAUCAAUUUUAGACUCCUCAAAAAUAAUCGGUUAGAGAUCGAUAAAGUGAAGAAACAAGCUCUGGACUCUGAUCACCUCUAUGCUAUGAUUGAAGGAGCUAGAGUCUCUGAAAGUGGAUUGCACUACAAGUUGGUGAGCACCCCUGAAAAAGGACAUCUCCUGCUGCAAGGUGAGAUUUUAAAGAAAAACUCAUCUUUCAGUCAGAAGGACGUAUCUGCCCACAAGGUGGAAUAUGAACUUAUUGAGAAACCUCUUGAGGAUGGGGAGGAUUCCUUCAGCUUUCAGCUUUCUUUCAAGCAGGCAGUGUCGAUCAUACAUGGUUUCCACAUACUCAUCAAAGCUGAUGUUAACAGCAUUAUUUUGACAAAUAGAGGCCUUACAGUGGCUGAAGGAGAGGGAAAACUGAUAACCCAGGCAGAAUUAUAUGCAGAAACAUUAAACACAAAAACAUUUUUGUACACUAUCAUCCAGAGCCCAAAGUCUGGCAAGUUGAAACGCAUAAAUCGCUCGGAUUCAGCUGAUAGCAAUGACAACAUAACCACUUUUACUAACCAAGAUAUCAUUGGAGAACGCCUCAUGUAUGUGCAUGAUGACUCUGAGUCCACACGUGAUGAGUUCAGGUUCAUAGCUUCUGCUGGAGGGAGCACGGACAAUUCAGAAGCCGACUCUUUUGACUUAAACUCUGUUGUGGGAACAUUUCUCAUAUCUAUUGAAUUAAAAAACGAUGAGAAACCAGUUCGUACAGUAGAUAAAGUUUUCCGUGUUGUUAGGAACAGUCAGAGGCUACUGACUACUGAAGAUUUGUGCUAUCAUGACCCUGAUUCGGAUUUUAACGAUGCACAGUUAUUAUACACUCGACGUGGUAUUCCAAAUGGUGACCUUGUUCUUAUAAACGACACCUCCAAAAAACUCUUCCAGUUCCACCAAGAAGACCUUGAGCAAAAGCGUGUCCUCUUCACUCAUCAAGGCGCUGACAGUGCUAGGUUCGUAUUGUUCGUAACCGACGGCAAGCAUUACACUUCUUCGCUGCUUGAGGUAUAUGCCUCAGACCCUUACAUCCAAAUAGCCAACAACACUGGGCUUUUGGUACAGAAGGGACAAGGAAGGUCUCUGACAGCAGCCAAUCUCAGUGUCACUACAAACCACUUUAUUAAAGAGGAAACUGAGAUUGUGUACAGAUUGUUUUUGUCUCCCAAACACGGAGGACUGUAUUUGAAUGACGUCAUUGUGGAAUCUUUCACUCAGCAUGACUUGAAGAAUGGUCAUGUAGUGUAUCAGCAUGAUAACAGCAACAAUCUUUUGGAUGAGUUCAAUUUCACUGUGAGAGUGAAGAAUGUGCUGCUGGAUGGAGGUGUCAGCAUUCGUAUUUACUUGGAAAGUCAUCAGCAUCCCCCAAGUAUCGUCAACAACAGCAGUAUACUGGUUGAGGAGGGGAAGCCUGUGAAAAUCAGCCAAAACAACCUUCAGAUUGUACAUCAAGAUAAUCUGCCAACAGAAAUAGUUUACAAAGUGAAGAUUGCACCAUCUCAUGGCUACAUCCGUAUCUGUGUUGAAGAAGAGGGGUACUGUACUGGAGCAGAACAUAAAUCGAUCCAGGCCUUUACACAACAGGAUAUCAAUGAUGGAAGCGUGCAAUAUGUGCAAGUCAAAGCGAACAAGCUGAAGGACAGUUUUACUGCGGAUGUGACUAAUGGAGUGGUAAAACUGACUGGUAUCUCAGUCCUAAUUGAUAUAAUUCCCAGGGUAAUCCCAAUCCAAAUCCAGAACUUUACCAUCAAGGAAGGUGCUGCUAAGGCCCUGACAGAGAACAUCAUUAAAAUCUCAAGUCAACAUUUUGCCGGCCUUAAUUUGGAAUACUCCAUCAUAGAACAACCAAAACAUGGAUAUGUAGAGAACUCGCACUUCCCUGGAAUAUCACUUGUGUCAUUUACCAGGCAGCAGGUUGAGCAGGAAUUUAUUUACUAUGUUCAUGAUGACAGCGAGACUCUCUCAGACAACUUCUCCAUCAUAGUCAACGAUACAACUCUAAGAAAGCAGAGUCUGCUCAGGACUAUUUUUGUCAAUAUUACUUCGCUGAAUGACGAGGCUCCAGUCAUAACCACAAACAAAAUAUUUCAGGUAUGGGUUGGUUCAGUCACGGAAAUAACAAAGGACGAUCUGAAUGCGGACGAUAAAGACUCCUCUCCACAAGAGCUGGUAUAUUCUGUCACUCCUCCUAGCAAUGGGCAGCUUGCUCUAAAGUCAUCACCAAACAAGCAAAUCUUCAACUUCACCCAGGAACAUAUAAAUAAUGAACAGCUUGUCUUUGUACAUGCUGGGGCCAUGUCAGGAGGAUUUAACUUUCAGGUUACGGAUGGACUGAAUUUUGCUCCUCGGCAGAUCUUCAGCAUCACUGCAAGAGCCCUAGUCCUGAGUAUCGAGACAAGUCAAGGUUUUGGUGUCUUUCCAGGAACAUUGAAACCCAUCCGAUCCGAACAUUUGAAAGCUGUAACCAAUGAUGACAACACUAGCAACCGAACCGUAAUAUUUACUGUGGUUGAUGCCCCCAAACUUGGUAAACUGGUUAAAAUUAAAGCUGGCAACAUGACCCAUGAAGUAACCAGUUUCACACAGGACAUGGUGGAAAAGGGUUUGAUCGCAUAUGAACACAUGCAGACGGAAGCCGCAGACUGGAGUGUUGAGGACUCCUUUCAGUUUACAGUGUCCUCCCCACCGGCUUCGUUGGAACCCCAUGUGUUUCAUAUCAGCAUUUCAUAUGACAACACUGGGCCAGAGAGACACAGUCUUCUUGUUGCUAAUACAGGUGCUAUCGUUACAGAAGGUGAAAGAACACAAAUCGAUAAAUCCAAGCUGGAUGCUUCAAACCUAAUGGUCAAACUUCCAGUAUCCCAGCGUUCAGCAUAUGAAGUAUGGUAUCAAGUGGCUUCCUUGCCUACCCACGGCGUGAUUGUUGUUGGUGAGCGUAACAUAACCAAGCAAAAACCCAAUUUUUCUCAGUUUAUUAUUAAUAAGUAUGGAAUCACCUAUGUACAUGACAAUUCAGAGAGUCUUCGGGAUAAUUUUACCUUUGCUGCAUGGUUGAACCUGAAGAGCAAACCAGCAUUAAGGCCUCUGAAUGAUAGUGGAGUGGUCGAAGAGAUGUUCAAUAUCACUAUUAUUCCCAUCAAUGACCAAGCUCCAGAACUGAAGACCAAAGCUCCUAUAUUGAGAGUAGUGCAGGGUUACAAUGCACAAUUCAGUACAGAUAUUAUAAAUGUGGUUGAUUUAGAUAACCCACCAGAAGAAAUCAAUUACACUAUUAUCAGUGGUCCCAAUAAUGGCUUUGUGGCAAUGGCAGAGAGCUUGAAUGUGUCAAUCAAGCACUUCACACAGGCCAAUAUCAACAAUGGCAACAUUUGGUUUGUUCAAGAUGGGAGUUCGUCAUCUGGUGUUUUCUAUUUUAGUGUCACCGAUGGCAAACACCGCCCUUUAUAUAAAUUGUUUAAUUUAGAAGUUAUACCUAUCACAAUCAUGCUUGUAAAUAACACUCAUCUAGCAGUGCUUCAGGGGCAGAGCAUCUUUACUGUCACCAACAAACACUUGGCUGCUGAAACAAAUGGGAAAAGUACAGUGAUAAGUUAUCAAAUUACAAGCCCUCCACAGUUUGGACAUGUUUCAAUUGGAAAUAGAACUGUAACUCUGUUUGAUCAGGAAGACCUUGUGCAAAGCCGCGUGGUUUAUCAUAUGACAGACCUCUCCGUCUCGCAGGACAGUUUUGAGUUCACAGUGAUGACCUCUGAAGGUAAUGCGACAGCGCAGGUGGUUAACAUCACAGUGAAACCUUUAAUAAAAAUGGCAGAAGACCUGAAGAUUCCCACUAGGACCACUUUUCAGUUUGGAAGGGAUGUGCUGGAUGCAAGUGAAUUGGCUAACCAGACUGGGAGUGUCCCCGUGUUUGAAGUGAAACAAUUACCAACCUAUGGUACAUUUGUGAAAUUAGCCCAUGCCUUCCGAGGUCGGAGAGAGGCUGCAAUAACUUUUACUCAGAAAGACAUUGAACUAGGACUUGUACUGCUUGAGGUGAAUGCCAAUAUGACUGGAAUAGAUGUACUGAUCGACUCCUUCACCUUUGUUUUGACUGCAGAUAGUGUGCAACCAGCUGAAGCUAUGCUAGUUUACAGCAUUGUUCCCUUUAAUGCUUCUCUAGUGCAAAAUAUCACAAUACCUGAAAACCCACUAGUUUCCAGUUCAAAUGCUACAAGUGAAUUGCCUAAAUCAGGAGAGUUACCUUUGGAGAUCCAAACAGAGGUACCCACUCAAACCACUGCUAAAAUCAAGCCAUGGUGGCAAAAGAAAUCUCGCUGGGGAAGUGAUAAAAGCAACACCUCCAUUUCGGCUCCUGAUAUGACACUGGCAAGCAUUGUACAACAGACCAUAAUUGAACCACUCAAUGGAAAGCCUGUAGCCCAACCAAUUAAGAACUCUGACUCUCUUAGCAUUAUUCUACCCUUUGUUGUUGUGGCCUUUGUGCUCAUUAUUAUCAUUGGUGUCACACUUUUUGUGAAAAGACAGAAGAAAAAGCACAAACCUCUGAUAAAUAACUGUCCUAAUAAUGGCGCAUCAAGUGCUCCAAGUUUUCAGCCAACAGAAAGAAGCAUGACUGUUCCAACAGUUACAGUUACCCGCCUUGAUAAAGGCCCAUCUAGUCCGUCACCAAUGGAAAGACAUACACAAAUGUCGACGACAGCCUCUGAAUCAAAGCAAACCUCAACUCUACUUUAUAAUUGUAACUCGAUUGACCCUGACAUGGUGCAGCACUGUCGCACGACCAAUCCGACCUUGAGGCAAAAUCAGUAUUGGGUAUAACAACAAGCCAAUCUGCUUCAUUUCUGCACUCAUGCCAGGUUACGAUACACAGACAAACUGCUGACACAACCUCUUUUAGUGUUCAUUUUCAGAGUAAAAUUCAGAAACCGAAAAGAACAUUACACAGCAUUGUUUUGGGACAAUUAAACUUGUUUAUUAUUUUACUAAUUUUCAUCAAUGUCAUCAAAAAAAUGAAUCGUCAAAGAUUAUUUAAAAAACACAAGGCCCUGGGUUUCUGAAUUUGUGCAUACAAGUCGACUAUAAUUGCCCUUAUGCAUUUGAUAGAGAAUCAAAAUGUUCAAAUUCUUCAAUGCACUUUACAAUAAUUACAGUUAAGGGUAGUAACUGUACUUGUAUGUGGAUGCAGCAGCCAAUUUUUGCACAGCAAUAUUCAACAAACACUCAGGAGGUCAGUGUCCAAGUUGCCUGGAAAAGUGUUGGCCAGGACAGCUGGAGAAACUUCCCCUCCUUUCAAAUCGUCCCAUGGGAUCUUCAGAGUCAACUUCAACGAUUAGACUGGACUCCAGUUUAACGUCACAUUAAAGAAAGCAGAAAAUGUUCUUUUGAUGCAUCUGCCCAGAUAGUGAGAUCAAAGUCCACAAUGAGAGGCAUGAACACACAACCUUCAUCUAGAAGCCUAAGUGCUACCAACUGAGCCUCACUGACCAAUUUCUCUCAACAUGUUGCUAUUGUUGCUUUUGUCUCACUUCACACCGAAUGAAGCUGAAACUCUUAUCCACACUUCUUUCACCUUCUGCCUCAAUUUCUCCAAUGCCCUCCUCACCCAUCUCCUCAGCUCCACCAUUUGUAAAUUCCAAUUGGUUCAAGAUUCGUGCCAAACUCCAUGCCCCCAUCACCCAUAUCCUUCCCAGGCUUCACUGGCUCCGUGUUGCAGAGCAGAUAGAUUUCAAGAUCCUCAC